GCAGUUUGCCAGAACACAUGUAGCGCUUUACUUCAUUCGCAUCAUUUUAGCUUCCUUUGCUCUCUUUGUUUAAUCCCAAUAAUGGCCAACCAAACCCUAGCCAAUAUGCAACAACUGAUGAAUAAAAACCAACCCAAUGUGCAGCAACCGCUGCCGAAUCAAGCCCAAGUCAAUUUGCAUCAACUGAUGAAUCCAACCCCAUCCAACAUGCAGCAAACACCAGCCACUAUGCAGCAAUUGACCAAUCCAGCCCCAGCUAACAUGCAACAAUUGAUCAAUCCAACUCCAGCCCAUAUGCACCAUCAUAUCAAUUCAAACCCAGCUAAUACGCAGCAACUGAUUAAACAGACCCCGUUUACUAUGCAACAACUCCUCAAGCAGACCCCAGCCAGCGCGCAUCAACUGAUCAAGGCUGACAGGCUCUUGUUCUCAAGCUCUGACGACAAUGCAAUGACAAAGCAAAUUCAGGCGACUCAUUCUCCUGAUGGACGUGAGUUCGAUGUCAAACCUCUCCUUAAUAUCGUUGAGGACAUAUUUGAUCGUGCAGCUCCAGCAAUAGAAUCUCUUGCUCUACCAGCGGCGGCUCAUCAUGCACGUAAUGAAGCUUUGGAUGACAACACUUACCAUAGCAGCGUCAUGGCCAUGCUUGAAAGUUUGUCAUUUGUCAUUGAUCGAGUAGCUAGCGAGAUAACAUACAAGUGCUCAAGUGGUGGUGAAGCGCAUGCAAUUACUAUGUCAAUACUCAACACACUAUCAAGCUACACAUGGGAUGCCAAGUUGGUUAUAGCACUGGCAGCUUUUGCAAUGACUUAUGGAGAAUUCUGGCUGGUUGCCCAGAACUACACCUCAAACCAGCUUGCAAAAUCCAUGGCAAUCCUGAAACAUAUGCCUGAUAUCUUGGAGCAUUCAAGCAUGCUUAAACCUCGAUUCGAUUCAGUCAAAAAUCUCAUAACGGUUAUGCUAGCUAUUGCCAAGUGCAUCGUGGAGUUCCAGGAGCUGCCACCUCAGUACAUUACAAUGGAUGUCCCUGCAUUGUCUGCUGCAAUGGCUCAUUUACCAAUUUCUGUCUACUGGACAAUCAGAAGUAUAGUGGCCUGCGCAUCCCAGGUUAUUGGCCUUAUUGGGCUGGGGCACGAGCAUGUAGCAUCAACUACAGAGGCCUGGGAACUAUCGAGCUUGGCACACAAACUAAGCAACAUGCAAAGCCACCUACAAAAUCAACUGGGACUCUGCUAUAAGCACAUAGAUGAAAGGAAACACAUGGAAAUUUAUCAGAACCUCAUACGUUUGUUUGAGAUGGCUCACAUUGACAACAUGAGAGUUCUCAAGGCAUUGAUUUAUUCGAAAGAUGAUAUUCAGCCACUUCUUGAGGGAACCACCAAGAGGAGGGUGAACAUCGACGUCCUGAGAAGAAAGAAUGUACUGCUGCUAAUAUCAGACCUUGACAUUACACAAGAUGAGAUUUCAAUCCUUGAACAGAUCUACAAUGAGUCAAGGCUCCAUCCUUCGAGGCAGGAAAGUCAAUAUGAGAUUGUCUGGCUCCCAAUUCUUGAUCAAGCUGUCCCUUUCAAUGAUAACAUGCUAAAGAAGUUUGAGGCACUGCAAUCUGUCAUGACUUGGUACUCAAUCCACCACCCUUCUUUGAUCGAUAGGGCAGUGAUCAAGUUCGUCAAAGAAAAGUGGAACUUUGGCAAGAAGCCUAUUCUUGUCGUGCUCGAUCCACAAGGAAGAGUUGCCUGCCCAAAUGCAGUCCACAUGAUGUGGAUUUGGGGCAGUCUAGCCUUCCCUUUCACCACCAUAAGGGAAGAAGCUCUAUGGAAGGAAGAGAGUUGGAGACUUGAACUGUUGGUUGAUGGCAUUGAUCCAAUAAUUACGAAUUGGAUUGAAGAAGGAAGAUACAUAUGCCUCUAUGGAGGAGAGGACAUGGAAUGGAUUCGAAAAUUCACCAGCACUGCACGUGCAGUAGCGCAGGCUGCAGGUAUCCCACUGGGGAUGGUUUAUGUAGGGAAGAGCAAUCCAAAAGAGCGAGUGAGGCGGAACAUCGCAACCAUCAUGGUAGAGAAACUCAGCCAUUAUUGGCAAGACCUAACUUCAAUUUGGUACUUCUGGGUUAGGAUUGAGAGCAUGUGGAGAUCCAAGAAUCAACUGGGGAAAACCUCUGAGAAUGAUUCCUUAAUGAAGGAGAUCAUGGCAAUGCUCAGCUUCGAUAGCAGUGAAGGUGGAUGGGCUAUUUUUACUGGAGGAACAGAUGAAAUAGUCAAAGCGAAGGGGAGUAUUUUUUUAACAUGCCUGUCAGAAUACACUUCUUGGAAAGAUCAGAUUCAGCAGAAGGGUUUUCUGCCUUCACUUAAGGAUUACCUCAAAGGCCUUCAUACUGACCAUCAUUGCAACCGCCUGAUUCUCCCGGGUUCCGCCGGAACGAUACCUGAAAGGAUAGUUUGCUCAGAUUGCAGCCGCAACAUGGAAAGGUACAUCAUGUAUAAGUGCUGCGAUGAAUAAAUAGCCCAAAAGGGCAGAUGUUACUGCAGUGAUGAAUAAGCAGCAAGGAGCAGCCAGAAGCAUACACUAUAUAACUUAUGCUAUACAAGUGAUGAUGGUGAUGAUGUUGAGGUUGCUUUAUAUGUUGCAGCUUUGCUAUAUGCUAUUAUGAAGAGCGAAAAUUUACUCCAGAAACUCUUAUUUAUAUAUGCAAUGUAAUGGCUAGUAUUUCUAUUUGGUCUUUUCACUGUGCAAUUCUUCAUGGUAUAAUAAAAUUCUUAUUACCUUAAUAAUUA